GAAUAUUUUAUAAUUAUCGAAAGCUGAUUUAAAUCCAAAACUUUUCCUCUUCUAUAUAAACUGAGAAACGCUUUUACUCAAACCCUAAAUCGAUCGUUCUGCAAAAGUUUUCUGUGAAGUACUACUACUCUCUCUCAAGGUAUUUGUUUCUUCUAUCUCUUCUCAUCAUCUUUUUUCGCCUGAUCUUUUUGGUUCUUACCAUUCAGAAUCCUCCUUUCUCUCCCAUAAAAAAAAUUGUUUACAGAUGACAAUUCAAAUCUACGCAAAGACUCUUACAGAAAAGACCAUAACACUUGAUGUUGAAACCUCCGACUCCAUUCAUAAUGUCAAGGCUAAGAUCCAGAACAAGGAAGGCAUUCCUUUAGACCAGCAACGACUUAUCUUUGCUGGUAAACAGCUCGAGGAUGGCCUUACCUUGGCUGAUUACAACAUCCAGAAAGAGUCAACUCUCCACUUGGUUCUGAGGUUGAGAGGUGGUAUGCAAAUCUUUGUGCAGACUCUUACGGGAAAGACCAUAACCCUUGAGGUCAAAAGCUCAGACACUAUCGAUAACGUCAAGGCCAAGAUCCAAGAUAAAGAAGGAAUCCUUCCUCGCCAGCAGAGACUUAUCUUUGCAGGUAAGCAACUCGAGGAUGGUCGUACUCUUGCCGAUUACAACAUCCAGAAAGAGUCAACACUGCAUCUUGUCCUUCGUCUUUGCGGUGGUAUGCAGAUAUUUGUGAGUACCUUUUCCGGUAAAAACUUUACCAGUGACACCCUCACCCUAAAAGUUGAGAGCUCAGACACCAUUGAAAAUGUCAAGGCGAAGAUUCAAGACAGGGAAGGUUUACGCCCGGACCACCAGAGGCUUAUCUUUCACGGUGAAGAGCUCUUCACCGAGGAUAAUCGUACUCUUGCGGAUUACGGCAUCCGGAAUAGGUCAACCCUUUGCCUUGCCCUUCGUCUUCGCGGUGAUAUGUAUAUAUUUGUGAAAAACCUUCCUUAUAAUUCCUUUACCGGUGAAAACUUCAUCCUAGAAGUUGAGAGCUCAGACACCAUUGACAAUGUUAAAGCUAAGCUCCAAGACAAGGAAAGAAUUCCUAUGGACCUACAUAGACUUAUCUUUGCUGGUAAACCGCUUGAGGGUGGUCGAACCCUAGCACAUUACAACAUCCAGAAAGGAUCAACUCUGUAUCUGGUGACUAGAUUCCGUUGUGGGAUGCAGAUUUUCGUCAAGACCCUUACCAGAAAGAGAAUAAAUUUGGAAGUUGAGAGCUGGGACACAAUCGAAAAUGUAAAGGCCAUGGUUCAGGAUAAAGAAGGGAUCCAACCACAACCAAACCUGCAGAGGCUGAUCUUUCUUGGUAAAGAGCUCAAGGAUGGUUGUACUCUUGCGGAUUACAGCAUCCAGAAAGAGUCAACACUUCACCUUGUCCUUGGUAUGCAGAUAUUUGUGAAACUCUUUGGCGGUAAAAUCAUUACCCUAGAAGUUUUGAGCUCAGACACCAUUAAAAGUGUUAAAGCUAAGAUUCAAGACAAGGUAGGUUCACCCCCGGACCAGCAGAUACUGCUUUUUCGCGGUGGCCAACUCCAGGAUGGCCGUACUCUUGGGGAUUACAACAUCCGGAAUGAGUCAACCCUUCACCUUUUCUUUCAUAUUCGCCAUGGUAUGCAGAUAUUCGUCAAGACAUUUUCAUUUUCCGGUGAAACCCCUACCUGUAAAACCAUUACUCUAGAAGUUGAGAGCUCAGACACCAUUGAUAAUGUAAAAGUUAAGAUCCAACACAAGGUAGGAAUUCCUCUGGACAGACAGAGACUUAUCUUUGGUGGUAGAGUGCUUGUGGGUAGUCGAACGCUACUAGAUUACAACAUCCAGAAAGGAUCAACUAUCCAUCAGCUAUUUCUUCAGAGAGGUGGUAUGCAGAUUUUUAUCAAGACUCUUACCGGAAAAACCAUAAUUUUGGAAGUUGAAAGCUCAGACACGAUCGCCAAUGUAAAGGAAAAGAUCCAAGUUAAGGAAGGAAUCAAACCAGACCAACAGAUGCUAAUAUUUUUCGGACAACAGCUUGAAGAUGGCGUCACUUUAGGGGAUUACGAUAUUCAUAAAAAGUCAACUCUUUACCUUGUUCUCCGUCUCCGUCAGCGUCGAUAUGACUUUUGAGUUUUUUUUAGCGCUUUGGUUUGUUUUUUUCUCUCGUUAUGUUUUACGUUUUGAUGGGCUCAUAAAUGGUCUUUUACCAUUCAACUUUAAAGUCUUAUCAAUAAUAAUUUUCUUAUUUUUUUAUUCCGCAGUGUAAAUCUCAAUUACCAUCGGAUUAAUCCUGAUAAUGCACAAUAUUGUUAUCGAAGAAGCAAGAGCUAAUGUUUAAUUCAUUUAGUCGGCUAGUUCUUUUUUUUCUUUUAGUUGGCU